AUGAAUGUUCAGGCGCACUUGUCAGGACAGGUUUCGAACCAAGGGAACAUGUCUCAGCAGAAUGGUAACUCCCAAAUGCAGAAUUUAGUCAACGGUGGUGGUGGUGCUCCUGGUUUAGGACCUUCACGUAAUGACAAUGACCUCUUGAGACUUCGGCAAGGCAUGCGAAUCAAGAUUUUCAGCAUCUUACAGCAAAAACAACCAUCUCCAGCUGAUGAUGCAUCAAAGGCAAAGUACAUGGAUGUUGCUAGACGCUUAGAGGAAGGGCUGUUUAAAAUUGCUAACUCAAAGGAAGAUUACUUAAAUCAGUCGACCCUUGAAUCUCGGCUGGCAAGUCUAAUCAAAGGUAGGCAUAUGAAUAACUACAAUCAGCAGCGACAUGCUAAUCCUUCUUCGGUUGGAACAAUGAUACCCACUCCAGGGUUACAACAUAGUGGUGGGAAUCCAAAUAUGAUGAUGACGUCCUCUGUUGAUGCUGCAAUGGAUGGAAGUAAUAACAUCACAACUACUGCUAUGAACACUGCAAACAUGCUAAAUCCUGGUGGCAUGCUCGGAGGUAACAUGUCUAAUGGAUACCAGCAUUCAUCGAGUAACUUUGGUCUUGGUUCUGGAGGGAACAUUGCAUCAAUGAGCUCGCAAAGAAAUACUGGCCAGAUGAUGCCUACCCCUGGAUUUGUCAACAACAGUAUUAAUAGCAAUACCCAGUCUUACUUGAAUGUUGAAGCUUCCAAUUCCAACAAUAGUGUUGGAUUUUCUGCUGCUCCCAUGAUGGUUCCUCAGCCUUAUCAGCAGCAGCAACAACAACCGAGGCAGGAUAUGGGUGGCCAAAAUAGUCGUAUCUUGCAUAAUCUUGGGAGUCAAAUGAGUGUUGGCCUUAGACCUGGGAUGCAGCAAAAAAUGUCUAAUGUGUCUAACAGCUCCAUAAACGGUGGUGUUGGGAUGAAUGCAAAAAGUGUUGAUACCCUUCAGCGUUCAGGAAUGCAGGGUGAAGGAUAUGGCACAAAUAACGUUGACCCUUUUCAUUCUGGAAAUUUGUAUGGUGCUGCAACAUCUGUUGGGACGUUGACAGAUACUCAGAAUACCAAUACGGCAAGUUUUCAGUCUAUGUCUGGAAAUAGCUCUUCUCUGUCACAUCAACAGCAGCAAUUUCAGCAACAGCCUAAUCGGUUUCAGCAACAACCUAAUCAAAUUCAACAACAUCAGCAGCAGUUUCUACAGCAACGGCAAUUGAAGCAGCAGCAGAGCCAGCAGCAGCAGAGAUUUAUGAGUCAAGAUGCUUUUGGGCAAAACCAUGUGGCCUCUGACAUGGUUACACACGUUAAACAUGAACCUGGAAUUGAGAACCCUAGCAAUUCUAUCCACUCCCAAACUCAUGAGCAGUUCCAGCUUUCUCAGUUUCAAAAUCAAUACCAGAACAACGCAGAUGACCGUCAUGCAGGUUCUCAGAUUCUCCCUGCCACAAGUCAGAGUGAUAUUUGCACACCAGUUCCCCAAAAUAGCCAACAGAUACAGCAGAUGUUGCACCCGCAGGGUAUGGCUUCCGACUCUAUUAACAGUUUUAACAACCUUUCUGUUGGAGUGAAAUCAGAAUCCGGUCUGCAAGGUCACUGGCAAUCUCAGUCACAAGAACAUACUCAAAUGUCUAAUAGUAUGUCGAACGAACGGCACAUUCAAGAUGAUUUCCGUCAAAGAAUGUCAGGAACGGAUGAAGCUCAGCCCAAUAAUACGUCUGGAGGGUCUAUUAUAGGUCAAAGUCACAUCUCCACUACAUCAGAAUCUCCCACUCCUCAGAAUCCUGUUGGUACCACUUGUAGAUAUGGAAACGAAAACCAAGAUCCGAGAUUUAGAAACCAACAGAAAUGGCUCCUGUUCCUACGCCAUGCUCGCAACUGCAAAGCCCCUGAAGGGAAGUGUCCCGAGCGGAAUUGCGUUACGGUUCAGAAGCUCUGGAAGCACAUGGACAGUUGCGCUGCACCUCAGUGUUCAUAUCCUCGUUGCCGCCCCACGAAGACACUGAUUAAUCACCAUCGAAGUUGUAAGGAAUCCAACUGCCCUGUGUGUAUUCCUGUGAAGGCCUUCUUACAGCAACAGGCAAAUGCUCGGUCCCUAGCUCGUUUAAAAACCGAAAGCGGUGCUGCGAAGUCAGUAAAUGGAGGUGGAAUAUCCAAUGAUGCAGUACAGACCUCUGCUGGAGCACUCUCUUGUGCUUCGCCUAGUGCUGAUAUUUCAAAUCAUUUGCAACCUUCUUUGAAACGGUUGAAGGUGGAGCAGUCUUCUCAACCCGUCGAAGUUGAGACGGAAAGUUGUAAAAGCUCUGUUAUCUCCGUAACAGAAGCACAAUCAUCAUCUCAGCAUGCUGAAAGGAAAGAUCAUAGGCACAGUGAUGUACGUGCAUCUUCAAAGUAUUUUGAAGUGAAAGCUGAGGUUUGUGAAGGUUCUGUACAGGCACGACCCGGUUUUAAAGAGAGAAAAAGUGGAAUUGCUGAAAAUAUUCCCAAGCAAAGACCAGUCAUUGAACCUGUUAAACAAGAUUUGCCCGAUGCCUCACCUCGGCAAGAGAAGUGCAAAAUGGAGAAAGUAUCUGAGUCACUGAAGGAAGAAAGUCUGGUAGAGUCUAAACCUCCACCAAAAUCUGGAAAAGCAGAGAUAAAGGGUGUUUCAUUAACUGAAUUGUUCACCCCUGAGCAAGUGAGAGAACAUAUCCGUGGUCUCCGUCAGUGGGUUGGCCAGAGUAAAGCCAAAGCAGAAAAGAAUCAGGCUAUGGAGCAUUCAAUGAGUGAGAACUCAUGUCAACUAUGUGCAGUGGAGAAGCUUACCUUUGAGCCGCCACCUAUAUAUUGUACCCCUUGUGGUGCCCGCAUCAAGAGAAAUGCUAUGUAUUACACCGUAGGAGCUGGUGACACUCGUCACUACUUUUGUAUUCCAUGUUAUAAUGAAUCCCGUGGGGACACUAUACUCGCUGAGGGGACGCCCAUACCUAAGGCAAGACUCGAGAAAAAGAAAAAUGAUGAAGAGACCGAAGAAUGGUGGGUCCAAUGUGAUAAAUGUGAGGCCUGGCAGCAUCAGAUCUGUGCUUUGUUUAAUGGGAGAAGGAAUGACGGAGGGCAAGCUGAGUAUAUAUUGCUAUAACAAAGUAAGAGGAAGCCUUUACCUCAGAGUGCUGUUCUUGGAGCGAAAGACCUUCCGAGAACAAUUCUCAGUGACCAUAUUGAGCAGCGGCUGUUUAAGAAGCUGAAGCAGGAAAGAACAGAGAGAGCCAGGGCUCAAGGAAAAAGUUUUGAUGAGGUGCCUACUGCCGAGUCCCUUGUGAUUAGAGUUGUUUCAUCUGUUGACAAGAAGCUGGAAGUCAAACCUCGGUUUCUUGAAAUUUUUCGGGAAGAUAGUUACCCAACAGAGUUUGCAUACAAGUCCAAGGUGGUUCUGUUGUUCCAAAAGAUUGAAGGUGUAGAAGUUUGCUUAUUUGGGAUGUACGUCCAAGAGUUUGGUUCUGAAUGCGCAUUUCCUAAUCAACGCCGAGUUUAUCUCUCUUAUUUGGAUUCUGUAAAGUACUUUAGACCCGAGGUUAGAUCUUAUUACGGAGAGGCCCUGCGCACUUUCGUUUACCACGAAAUCCUGAUCGGUUACCUAGAAUACUGCAAGUUGCGUGGUUUCACGAGCUGCUACAUAUGGGCUUGUCCGCCUCUCAAGGGCGAGGACUAUAUCUUAUAUUGCCAUCCAGAAAUACAGAAGACGCCAAAAUCUGAUAAACUACGAGAGUGGUACUUAGCAAUGUUGAAAAAAGCUUCAAAGGAAGGCAUUGUUGCAGAAACUAUAAAUCUAUAUGACCAUUUCUUUAUGCAAACCGGUGAAUGUAGAGCUAAGGUUACUGCAGCUAGGCUCCCGUAUUUCGAUGGUGACUACUGGCCAGGUGCAGCAGAGGAUCUUAUAUACCAAAUGAGUCAAGAAGAAGAUGGCAGAAAGGGGAAUAAGAAAGGAAUGCUAAAGAAAACAAUUACAAAAAGGGCUCUAAAAGCUUCUGGGCAGACUGAUUUAUCUGGGAAUGCAUCCAAGGAUCUGCUGCUAAUGCAUAAACUUGGUGAGACCAUUCACCCUAUGAAGGAGGACUUUAUCAUGGUCCACCUGCAACCUUCUUGCACACAUUGCUGUAUGUUGAUGGUAUCUGGAAAUCGUUGGCUCUGCAGUCAGUGCAAAUACUUUCAGAUUUGUGAUAAGUGUUAUGAAGCUGAACAGCGGCGUGAAGACAGGGAAAGGCAUCCUGCUAAUUUCAGGGAUAAGCAUGCGUUGUACCCUGUUGAGAUUACAGAUAUUCCUGCAGAUACAAGGGACAAAGAUGAGAUACUAGAAAGCGAGUUUUUCGACACAAGGCAAGCGUUUCUGAGUCUUUGUCAAGGGAACCAUUAUCAGUACGACACGUUGAGGCGGGCAAAACAUUCAUCAAUGAUGGUCCUUUAUCAUCUGCAUAACCCAACUGCUCCUGCGUUUGUCACGACCUGCAAUGCGUGUCACCUCGACAUUGAAACUGGUCAAGGCUGGCGCUGUGAAGUAUGUCCAGACUACGAUGUGUGCAACUCUUGUUACAGUAGAGAUGGUGGAGUUAAUCAUCCUCACAAGUUGACUAAUCAUCCAUCCCUAGCUGAUCAAAAUGCUCAGAACAAAGAAGCAAGGCAGUUGCGAGUCUUGCAGCUGAGGAAAAUGCUGGAACUUCUGGUACAUGCAUCACAAUGUCGUUCUGCAAAUUGUCAGUAUCCAAAUUGCCGGAAAGUGAAGGGACUAUUCCGACAUGGUAUACAGUGCAAAGUGCGUGCUUCGGGAGGCUGUGUUCUAUGCAAGAAAAUGUGGUAUCUUCUGCAACUCCACGCUCGGGCCUGCAAGGAAUCUCAGUGCCAUGUACCUCGUUGCAGUGACCUGAAGGAGCAUCUGAGAAGAUUACAGCAGCAAUCAGAUUCAAGGCGAAGAGCAGCUGUGAUGGAAAUGAUGAGACAGAGAGCUGCGGAAGUCGCUGGAGGAUCAGGGUAAUCAAAACUUGUACAUUUGGAAAGAUCAAAUCAAAGUUCCUUUCUCUCAAAGGUAACAAGAUAUGUUGCCCCUUUCACUGAGAGCUCCAACAACUUGAUCGUUAUCUUAUUGAAGAAGAAGAUUAAGACAAGGCAGUUAGAGACUAAUGAUGCAUUUAGCUUAGGUUUGUAUUUAACAUGUGCCCAGAGUGAGACUUGAUUUUCAGAAGAAGCAGAAGAAGAAGAAGAAGAGCAAAGUCGAGUCUUCUUCAAAGAUGAGAGCGUCUCGAGUCUCAAGGUCAGUAGAUUUGAUGUGGUUUGGUUGGGUGAUCUUAUGAUUAUAUACUAUACACACGCACACACACGUCCCUCACUUGUUUCUAUUUAUAGUAAUUUAUAUUGUAUUCUUGUAAAAUUGCCAUUUCUGAUUUGGGAAUGGCAAUAGUGUAACAUAUACAGUUACGUUAACUUGUUUCUUGCAAGAAAAGUAAGAUAGAGAUAGAGUGUUUGUCUUUUGAUUCUCUUCCACUUUUUUGUCUUUUCUGUUUUGAGGAAACUGUAAUCACAUUUGUAAGUUGCAAUCAUAGUUAUUUGGUUCUUGAA